ACUGAUGGGAGAAGAACUUUCUGGUUUAAGUAUGAAAGAGUUACAGAAUCUGGAAAACCAACUAGAAAUGAGUUUGAAGGGUGUGAAGCUGAAGAAGGAACAAAUUUUAACUGAUGAGAUCAAAGAACUCAACCACAAGGGAAAUCUUAUUCAUCAAGAAAAUCUAGACCUCUAUAAGAAGCUAAACAUCCUCUUCGAAGAAAACAAAGAACUGCAAAAGAAGGUACCGAUCUAG